GAGAGGUCGCGCGGUGUAUUUGAUGGUGUCUUAAUAAUGCAAAGCUUGCAAAAUGCACCUCAGAUUCAUUCAACUGCCGGUGCAGUACCUAUUAAAAAUGAAAAAGGCCAAUUUUAUAUGGUAAAGGUUAAGGUCCAGCGCUAUGUUGCCGGAAAGAAACCUGAUUUUGCUUCAAGCUCUAGUUCUGAAUCAGAAGAGGAGCCAACUGUCAAUGAUACCGAAGAAAUCAAGGCUUUUUCAUCGCGGUCCGGAUUAAUCAGAGAUCGUUUCAGAGGGCAGGAGAACUCCAAGUCGACGGCAGACGGAUCUGAUCAACCAACAGCUGAAGAGUUAGCUGACCCUAGAUUCAGGAGAUUGUUAAGGGCCAAGGACCAGCUGAGCCAAAGCAGCGAGGAUGAAGAAGAAACUGAUAGGGUUACUCGUCACAAAAAAUACCGAAAAUCUGGUCAUUAUAGUGAGGAAAGUCCUCAAAAUUCUAAUGGAGAGGAUGCUGACGAAGAGGACGUUGAUGAAGCAGAACUAAUGAGGAGGCGUGAACUUAUUCGUAAGAAAGCAUUGGCUGCUCAGAUCAAUGCUGAAGUAGACAAACAUUGUGGGGAUGGAUAUAACGACACUGGCCACGAAGACGUGGAAGCGGAGGAUGAAUUGGGUUAUUCGGAAGAGGAGUACACAAGUUCAGAUGAUGAAGUAGCUCCUAAAUUAAAACCAGUCUUCGUACGUGCACGUGAUCGAAUAACGUUACAAGCUAAACAUAAGGCAGACCAACUUGCUCAGGAGACCGAAGCAGAAGUAAAACGACUUGCAGAAGAACGUCGUAGAACAACACUUAAGCUACUAGAAACAGAACUACGCCGUGAAGCUGAAGAAGCUCACGCAAUUGAAGACGCUCUUGACGCAAUAGAUUCUGAUGAAGGUCAAGGCAAUCCCCAAGCAGAACAAGAAGAAUAUGAAAAAUGGAAGGUUAGGGAACUAAAACGUAUUCGACGAGAACGUGAGAUUCGGGAGGCAGCACUACAAGAAAAGGCUGAAGUAAGUAUUUCACUUCCUAACCGUCAUCGUAUACAAUUAAAAUGUUGGUUAGAUUGGGUCUCAGUGAUGCAGGUGUUUUCAUUACCUAUCUUCCCUUUGAUGUUGAAUGUCAGUAUUAUUUCAUACAUCCCCUUUCUAACCAUAUCCUUCAUGUUUACUACUUUUUUGCUAUCAUCGAUUCUAACACUUUUGAAUCAUUUGCUAUCCAGCUCUGCUCUGUGAUAUGGCCGAUAUACAUUUGUUUCUGGAUGUACUAUGCUUUGGACUGACUGGCUUUAUCUUUUACAUUUACUGAUGUGUUUUUAUAAUUCGCACACUAAAACUCACUCUAUAUAGCUUUAGGCUUGGCUGCUGUUGGGGACGUUAGAUCCCCAGAACUCACUUGGAAAAGGACCUAAUUUUGUAAUUUUAUUUAGAAAUUUUGAAUUUCUUUGUUUUCGCGCCAAAAGCGCUCUUUUCACCUUCAUAUUGUAUUUCCCACUUGGGAGAAUCUUAAAUGCCAUUUGUCCGUUGUGUCUUUAGUAUGCUAUUUUGUAACUCUCCCCAAGAAGGUUUUGUGCUGUAUAUAUAAGUUUCGAUUUGUGUUUGUUGUUAUCGCUCGUUUCUGGCUGUUUGCGGAAUAUACUUCCCCUAUUCUAAGCUUGAAAUUCUUCCUCUAGUUAGCGGGGCUCGUAACCGCUUCAAACAUAGCAGCUGCUGACUUUAUAUAACUGAAAUUCUCACAUUUUAUUCGUAUACAUCCUAUUUUUGUGGAUGAUCAGGUGAUUAUGAUCUGAGAUUUUAACUCACCUCUUUAAUCCUUUAUCAGUUCCACAUCUUUAAGAUACAUACAGUACAAUUAGAAAUUGUUUUUGUAAAUUUGCGUGUACUUGCUUCAUUAACAUUUGGAACUGCUUAUACUUUGAUGCAAGUCACAUAUUAUUGCUAGUCUCAUUUGUUUGUGCGUAUUUCUCUGGUUUGCAAUUACCUUUAAACGAAAGAUCUAGGCAGUUUUGUGAAAAUUCUUUCAUUCAAGUUUACAUUUUACCGCUAUUCGUUUUUCUCUGCUAUACAUAACGAUCUGACUAACAUGCAUCUCAAUUUUAUGCCAGAGUUCUUUAUUUGUGUAUUUGGUUCGAUUAGUAUUAGAAGGCACUGAUAAAUUAUUUUAAAUCCUCUAUCCAUGAUGUGAAUCUUAUUAAUAGUGUCUCAUAUGGCUAACCACAACGGUAUUCACUCAGUCAGUCAGUCAGUAACAACGUAGAACUUCGUACGUACGUACAUCAGUUCGAGUUGCCACACCACAUUAGCACAGAGAUGCACUUGUCGAUUCAAAUCCCGUAGUGGUAGAGGUAAUAAGAGUAUAAACAGUAAUCGGGAAGAUUAGGGUUUGGAGACGUUAUUUAAAGAGUAUAAUCCAGUGAAAGAAAUUUGGAAAGAGGAAAAAAGGGACAUGAAGAAUUCAGAAGAUUAGAAUUUGGGAGAACACAGAGAGUGGAUGCACCUGCGCCAUUGCAAACGAUUUUGAACCAUGUCAUUCAGGGUCUCUAACCAUCGGUUGCUGUCAUCUCGCGGUCCCAACGGUAUUCACUAUCUGACACGGUAAGUUUUUAUGGACCUAUAUGUAUGUAAGAGUCACUUAAUCACACAUGUUUUUUAAACCGUGCAGAAAUUGACAUUGGUGAGUAUGAAUUUUGUGAAAUGUUUGUCACCAGUGUAUUACGAUGUAACCAAACAACAAUGAACGGGAUUCUAUUUUAUAGUUAAAUAUAUCGAUAAAAACAUGCAACAUUUUUAUAUUUGAUGAUUGUUUGUUUGUUCAGUGCUUAACUCAAGUAGCCAUUUUUUCAAACAGUAUGAUAUAUGCUCAUAAUAAAUUUUAUCUUAUGACACAAAAGUGUUUAUAAUUUGUCUUAUUUUCUCCAAUGUUUGGUUUACGAAAGUUGGUUCAAACGGUUCGUAAAAUUAACUUCGAUUAUUAUAGUGACGUAAACAAUGUUUUCAAACUAAACAGAGCUUAUUUCGUCAUUUUAGAUUGAGCGAAUACGUAAUAUGACUGACGAACAACGACGUGAAGAGUUCAUAAGAAAUCCAAAAGUUAUCACAAACAAAACAGCUAAAGGAAAAUACAAGUUUUUGCAGAAGUAUUUUCAUCGGGGAGCUUUCUAUGUUACUUCGUUGGAGGACAAAGUAUUUCAACAAGACUUUACACAGCCUACUCUGGAAGAUCAUUUUGACAAAACAAAGUUGCCUACUGUUAUGCAGGUCAGUGACGAAAGAAUUGGUCUUCAUGAAUACUUAUUUUUUGGAAGGCUAUUACCUUGACUGUUUAGGACUGAAUUCUACUACGAAAUAUUCAAAGCAGUAUAGAAUUAUUAUGAACAGUCUUGAGUAGAUUAAUCUUCAGACGAACAUUUUAUUCGAAAAGAAGAGGUAUACUUUGAUACGCACAACGUUUUAUGGUUCGUUAGUUAAACGAUAUUAAAAUGUGACAUGGUGAGAAGAAAAAAGUUCAAUGAGAUUAAUUAAAAUGUAGGAGAAAUGUCACAUUAAUAAUCAAGAUCGUCUGUAGCAGUUACUUACCUAACGAUAAACGACUACGUUUCUUAAUGAUGCCUAACUAUCUCUUGAUUCUUAACGUGGUUUUCUUAAUCAAGAAUGUUCAUCUUGAAUAUCAUUCAUGGAUAUAUUCCAUUCUUGGUAUACUACGUGUCUGUUUACUAUAUGUUGAUGGCAAAUUAAUAUCAUACCAAGACGAAAAACGAUUUAGUUCUCAUAAUAAUUUGCUUGGGACCCUCGAAGUUUGAUCAUGCGGUUGAUAUAUUUAUUCCAUAAAAUCAUGAUUCGAAUCUCUCUUUUAUUUUGUUUCAUCAAAUCAAAUGUAUUUAAAUUAAUAACAUUGAUCAGGCUAGUGGAUUGAUUACUAGAAUAACAACGGAUUCAGAGUUAGUGAUUUCAGUAUUCAUCAAACUUUGCUAUAACUGUUAUGAUAACACCCAACUUGGGAAUUUAGCUUUAGUCGAGAUGCUAGUGCAUAAUGCUCUUUUGAACAUGGUUUAACACUGUAAGGGGAAUAUCUUGUCUCUUUAUACCAUACCCACCUCUCAAAAAUGGAGUUAGUUAUGAACACCGUAGGACCUAGCACACAAUCAUAUUAAUGAAAGCAGCUUAAAUAUAAACAGUGGAAAUAUAACUAAAAAACAGUUGGGAUGAAAAGGUAGAGUGUUAAGUUAUACGAAUAUUCGUCAAGAUUAGAACGAAUAGUUUGACAGUAAUUGAGCGCCGAGUAUAGAGAAGUCAUUAUAUGUGAAAAUUAUAUUUGAAAUAUUCUCAGCGAUUGAAAUAUAACUAAUUCCAACGUUUCGUCCAGCUAACUUGUCUGGACUUCUUCAGGGUAAUAAUCAAAAUCAAAAUUAUCAAAGUAGAGAGUUAAGGUUGAUAAAUUGGAUGUGUCGGCCACAAAAUUCCUGUCAUAUUGACAGUUCUAUAGUAAUACUUCAGCUCACUAAACGCCAAUCCUUACAGGUAAAUUAGAAGGCGUGAAACGAGCUUUUUGUACUUUCAUUGAGUUCGAUGAUAAAUCAUACUAUCUAUCUUGUCGAUAUAGAAAAUUAAAUGCGUUUUAAAUGUAAUGUUAUAUUUAAUACUUAGGUUAAGAACUUUGGUCGUGCUGGUCGGACUAAGUAUACACAUUUGGUUGAUCAAGAUACAACUGUAUUCGACUCACCAUGGUCAACAACCAAUCCACAAAAUAUGAAGUUCCAGUCAACUCACGGUGGAGGAUUUAAGCAAAUAUUCUCGAAACCUGGUUUAUCUAAACAGAAGAAAAAGACAGGCUAGCACCUUAAUUAUGAUAAUGUGUAUAUAUAUUUAGCGAAACAGCAAGUCGAGUUUUCCUGUUUUCACUAAUUUUCGAUUUUUUUCUGUCCAUGAGUAUGUACACAGUUGAUGCAAAUAAAUAAUUCUGUUUAUUUUAGAAUUUAUGUUCG